CAAUCCCUCAACGUUCUCCUGACCGCAGUCGUUCGCUUGAUAACAGUCCUUCACUUGCAUCUGCUUCAAUUCGAAAUAUCUCGAGUAAUCACGCGAAUACACGCCAGGAUGUCGUCAGACUUCUCGCUCUUCAGCCUCUUCACUGCCGGCCUUGCCUGCCUUCUCCCGGUCGCCAAUGCGUAUACUCAGCCCGUGGGCGAUGCGCCAUCCGGCAAUCCCAUCUCCGAGCCUGGCCUGAGCAGCAUUGUGCCGGCUGGUCAGAACUACACGAUUACCUGGCAACCCACUACUGAUGGUACCGUAACCCUCGUGCUACUCAAGGGACCGGCAAGCAAUGCUAUUCCGCAAUAUGCCAUUGUAGAGAACAUUCCAAACAGCGGAUCAUAUGUCUGGUUCCCAUCAACAGAUCUUGCGCCUACCGCUGAUGCCACCGGAUACGGCAUUGAACUCAUCUGCGACAGCAACGGUCAAUACCAAUACACGACCCAGUUCGGCAUCUCAAACCCCAGCUACCAAGCUGCCGCUGCAGCCUCGUCGAGCUCGGCAAGCUCGUCGUCGGCCUCCCCAACGAUCCCGUCGUAGGAUUGGUCGUUGCCGCUGGUGUCGCAGUGUUCGCGUUGUAGACGGAUGGCAUGGUUUAGGAGGACAGAAAAUGGAGCGCGGGCGCUCUGCAGCUACUCGGUGUGCGAUAUGGUGUACUAUCAUACGACUGUAACCAAGCUCUACACCUUUGCUUAUCCCUGUACUCGAUCUGCGUUAAACCCGUCGUCACCCAUGAGCUAGCCCCACCUGUACUCCGACAUUCCUGACAAGGAGAUUGUGCCGACCGCUCGCCUACUUGUAGGUGACAGGU